GGCUCCCUCCUUUACGGCGCGCCGCUAUACGACAGCCGAAGUUCCUUGUUUACGACUCGUCUCGCGGAUUGUUUCGCUCGUUGCUCCGCGACGGGUGGUUUUUUUCUUGCUGGCUUUUCAUCCUCGAACCCAAGAGCCGCUCGGCUAAGCGGAGGUGAGCGCGGGCUGCCGAGCCGCGGACCGAGACUACUUCGUAUUUGCUUAACUUCCACACAUCAUGGAGACAGAACAGAUUAUGGAGAGCCAGCCACAGGUUCCAGAAAAUCCUCAUGCGGAAUAUGGUCUUACAGAGAACGUAGAGCGAAUAGUGGAAAAUGAGAAAGCAAGUGCAGAGAAAACAUCAAAGCAGAAAGUAGAUCUUCAGUCACUACCUACACGUGCCUAUCUGGACCAGACAGUUGUGCCUAUCUUACUACAAGGUCUUGCAGUACUUGCAAAAGAAAGACCACCAAAUCCCAUUGAAUUCCUUGCAGCAUACCUGUUAAAAAAUAAGGCACAGUUUGAGGACCGAAAUUAAUUUCAUCUUCAGAGGACCAUUUGACUGAUCAGUAUAUAUGCUAAAUAACCAUGAAUCACUGUCUGAUGUAUAAAUCCUACAACAACAAAAAUAUCACUUUUGCUCAA